AUGGAUUUCGGAGUAAUCCGUCCAAGGCCGCCGGCAAAAAAACCACAGCCGCCGCCACCCAAACCCCCCGCCCCUCCGGCCGGCGGAGAACCACCAAAACCACCACCACCCCAAGGCGGCCCUCCGCCGGGCGGACCAACAGGACCACAACCUCCGCCGCCGCCACAUGGAAAGCUGCCGCAACAACCUCCGCCGCCACAUGGAAAGCUUCCACCGCCGCCGCCGUACGGCCCGCACGGGCCGUACAUGGAGGAAUUCGACCGGUUUUCACGGAACGAGCGUUUGAGAAGAUCUCAUAACCACCACCACCACCAUGCUCUUCCGGGUCCGCAGCCGCACAUGGCUCUUCCUCCGCCGGAGCACCACCUCGCUCUUCCGGGGCCGCCGCCGCGCUUGGCCCUUCCCCCUCCGGAGUACCACCACGCGCCGCCAGGUGGAUAUUAUUAUCCUCCGCCUCAUAAUGGUGGUUACUUCAGUGAUGAAAAUCCAAACGGCUGCAUGAUUAUGUGA